CGGCUGAUAUUUUAUGCCCAGAGACGAAAGCAAAGCAACCAUAUCUUCUUCCUCCUAAUUCUACUCCUCCAUAUUUAUUUAUAGCUCGCUUAUCUGUCAUCACAACUUCAACUUUCACCACCAACAGCCUUCCGCUUCCAGAUGAAGGCCUUCACCCUCUUUGGACCGUCCGACACCAUUCUACUCUUCGGUGCCGCCUCCUCUUCCGUCUCAUCCCGUUGUUAUGGAUUCAGGACCCAACUUUCUUUCCCUCAGACUCAGAGGCUUCUCUUCUGCCGAGCAGAAACAGAUGCGUCUGUGAGCUUAGUAAAUGUCCCUCCAAAUCUACUACUAGCAGAAAGAGAAGAAGCCAAAGCUGUGUUACGCAUGUUUUUAACCAACCAAGGCAUGAACCGUUUAACUGCAGCCAGAAAGAUGAAAAAGUUAGACCGAUUUGUGGAUCAUCUUAUGUUAAGACUUCACACCGUUUACAAAACCCGAUAUCUAGUAGGACGAGAGCUGACAACUCCUGAAAUCAGAGACGCUCUCAUUCCUUACCUGGAUGAAUUCGUUGAAGAACACGGGGACAAUUUUGUUGAAGUCCUAGAAUACUUUCCAAUCCCGAUAGUCAAAGAAAACAACACAAACGCAAACACAAACACAAGUGAUGAUGAUAAUUAUGUUGUAGAAAGUUCAGAGGAAUUUGUCCAAAAAGCCACAUCACAUUCACGAGCAAGCAACAACACGGAAACACCAAAUCUCCCUCCACAUGUGGUCUACCUUGAAGAGCUUGGAAUGGAACUUGAAGUUAUCAAAGAAGUCAUCCGCAAGUUUCCGGCUUUCGCGUACUACAGUUUAGAAGGAAAAAUCAAACCGGUGGUUGAGUUUCUUCUUGACCUCGGCAUCUCAAAGUCAGACAUACCCGCAAUCAUCACAAAAAGGCCUCAGUUAUGCGGUAUCAGUCUAACCGAAAACCUAAUCCCAACCAUGGCAUUUCUAGAAGAUUUAGGGGUGGACAAGAAAAAAUGGGCUAAAGUGAUCUACCGUUUUCCAGCGCUCCUCACUUACAGCAGAUCAAAACUCCAAGCAACCGUCGACUUUCUUUACGAAAUGGGACUUUCUCCUCAAGACGUGGGGAAGGUUCUGACGCGGUGCCCCUCCAUCAUAAGCUACAGUAUAGACGAGAAGCUACGGCCCACGUCUCACUACUUUGAUUCCAUCGGAGUUAAUCCUGCGGUUGUCAUGUCGCGCUACCCGCAGGUGUUUGGUUUAAGCGUGGAGGCCAGUUUGAAACCGGUGACUGACUUUUUCAUGCAAAAAGGAUACCAUGUUGCUGACGUGGCGUUGAUGGCUUCUAGAUAUGGGGCUAUUUAUAGUUUUAGUGUGGAGGAUAAUUUGUUGCCCAAAUGGGAAUAUUUUUUGAGUAUGGAGUAUCCCAAGACUGAACUGGUUAAGUUUCCUCAGUAUUUUGGGUAUAGUUUGGAAGAGAGGAUUAAAGUGAGGUAUGAAGUUGUUAAAGAGAGUGGCGUGAGGUUGCUUCUCAAUCAGGUCUUGUCUCUUUCUGAUGAAGAUUUUUACAAGCUUCUUAAGCGAAAAGUGAAGAAAAAGAACGCAUGUGCUUGAUUUUGUACAUCAAUUACUACUGAUAAUAAUCAUAAUAUAUUAUUAUUACAUGA